AUGAUGGAUCCUGAGCGAUGGAAACGUGCUAUGAAAGAAGCAGGUUUUCGUCAGAUUGUAUCAUGUCCAUCAGAUCUAAAUCCCGUGCUUGAUGUUGAGAAACAUAUGCUUGUUUGCUCGAAACAACCUGAAACUGAAAUUGAGCUACACAAUCGUGCGGUACAAAAAUGUUGGUGGGAAGGUUUUCGACCUUCAGAUUCAUUACAAGCUUUACAAAAUGAUACGCAUAGGACAAUCGAAGCUCUAUCAAAGCAAUCUGUUCCGUUAGCUACUGAAAGUGAAGAGUGGCAAAUUCAGCCUGCUCAAGUUGAAUCAAUGAUGCAGGAAAUUUGGUGCGAAUUACUCGGACAUAAAACAAUUAAUGUUAACAGCAGCUUUGCUUCACUUGGUGGAGAAAGUCUAGUAACAAUUCGAAUGAUUCAAGUCGUUCGCCGAUUUCAUUUGAAUGAAAUUUCUAUUUCAAAUGAACAUAAAAUUGUUCAUUCUAAUGAUAAUUAUAUUAGCGAUAGCGAUGAGAUAAUUAAUGACGUUCAAGAAAAACAUUUUGAAGGAGAAUUAGAUGAUGUUGCUACAAUUCAACAAAUACAAACUAAUAUGACUGUUCCUCCCGGUGGAAGUGAAAUGUCUGAGCAAACACCUGCUCACCAGAAACGAUCCGGUUUUCUUUCAAAAAUUCUUCUUUUUCGUAAAUCAGAAAAGUCUAAGAAAACUGAAACUCGUCAUUUGAAGCUAUAUGAAUUGUAUAGAUUUGCUAAUAAAAUGGAUGUUUUAUUGAUGAUUAUUGGUACCAUAGCCGCAAUAACAAUUGGUGCUCUUUUUCCAUUGUUAAUGGUUCUUUAUCAAAGAGUAAUAAAUAGUCUCGUUGAAUUAGGAAAAUUACAGACAUCUGUUAAUGCAAGUACUGUCAUGCCUAUAAACUUUGGUGAAUGUUCUAUUCUAUCAAACAACAGUACCCGGAUUCAGCCACCUCAAGAUGUUAUACUUGCAAUUAUAAAGUAUUAUGUUCUUCUUGGGUUUAUUAACAUUCUUUGUUAUUGGAUUGCUUGGGCAAGUUGGAAUAUAGCUGCUGAAAGACAAAUUCGACGUAUGCGUUAUGCUCUUUUUCGAAAUAUCUUAAGACAAGAAAUUGGUUGGUUUGAUGUACAUAAUGCAGGUGGAUUAAAUAAUCGUCUUAUCACAGAUUUAGAUACUAUUAAAGAUGGAAUAAAUGAAAAGAUGCCGGAUUUUAUCUCACUUCUUGCUCGUACGUUAGGUGCACUCAUCUAUACUCUUACAAUAGGAUGGAAAUUAACACUUGUCUUUCUGUCAGUGUCACCGCUAAUAAUUAUUACUUUCAACUUAGUAGUUAAAGUCGUGAUAAAAUAUACAAGUAAAGAAACUGAAGCUUUUGCAUUAGCAUCAUCGGUUGCUCAAGAAGUAUUACAAAACAUUCGAACAGUGACAGCAUUUCAUGGCCAAGCGAAAGAAGAAGAAAGAUUUGUUAAGAACUUAAUUGUAGCAAAAAAAAUUGGAAUUAAAAAAGGUCUAUAUAUGGGCAUAUGUCAAGGUCUAUCACAACUUUUUACGUUUCUAUCAUUUACUCUCACAUUUUGGUAUGGUCCACAACUUGUUCGAACUGAUUGUACACAUUACUCACCCGGUACACUAUUGGUGGUGUUCGCUGCUUCUUAUGUUGCAACAAAUAGCAUGUCACUAUUUAUUCCGAAUAUUCAAAAUUUUGCAGAAGCCUUAGCGAGUGCAAGUUAUGUGUUCGAUAUAAUCGAUCGACAAACAAAAAUUGACGCAUCAAGUGCAGAUGGUGAUAAACCACAAAAUAUUAUUGGUGAUAUUGAAUUUGACAGUGUUACAUUCACUUAUCCUGCACGACAAAAAGCAUCUAUUCUUAAUAAAUUAUCAUUAAAAAUUCCAUCUGGUAAAACUGUUGCUUUAGUUGGCACAUCAGGAUGUGGAAAAAGUACAAUAAUUCAACUAAUUCAACGAUUCUAUGAUCCAGAUGAAGGUCAAAUUUUACUUGAUGGAAAAGAUAUCAAAACAUUAAAUAUUGCCUGGCUUCGUUCACAUAUUGGAAUCGUUAGUCAAGAACCUGUUCUUUUCACUGGAUCAAUUGAAGAAAAUAUUCGUUUUGGAAAAGAAAAUGCAACUGAUGAUGAAGUUCAAACUGCUGCUAAAAUAGCAAAUGCACAUGAGUUCAUUAUGACAUUUCCAGAGAAUUAUAAGACACUAUCAGGUGAUAAACUAAGUGGCGGUCAAAAACAACGAAUUGCUAUUGCUCGAGCAUUAAUUUCAAAUCCAAAGAUUCUUCUUUUAGAUGAAGCAACAAGUGCACUUGAUAAUACAAGCGAACGUAUUGUUCAAGAUGCAUUAGAUAAAGCAAAACAAGGUCGAACAACAAUUGUAAUUGCUCAUCGUUUAAGUACAAUAAGAAAUGCUGAUUUAAUAAUUGGAUUAGAACAUGGUCAAGUACUUGAAUAUGGAACACAUGAUGAUUUGAUGGAACAGAAAGGUCUUUAUUAUGUAUUAGUAACAGCUCAAACUCAAAAAGAAAAGGAAAAAGAAAAAGAAAAAGAAGAUGAUCCAGAUAUUGAUAAAGAAGAUGAUGAAGUCGAAAUAGAUUUUGUUCAACAAAAUUCAACUCCUCAUAGCUAUUUAAAACAAUCGAGUGCUUUAGGCAACGAUUUGGAUGAUAAUGAUGAUGAAGAUAAAGAGAUAGCAUUCGAUAAUUCUUCGACGAAAAAAAAGAAAUGUUUUCGUACUCCAUUUGCAUUAAAAAUGUUGAAACUCAAUGCUCCAGAAUGGCGUUGGAUUCUUCUAGGUACAAUUUGUUCCAUCAUCUAUGGUGCUAUGCAACCACUUUUUUCACUUUUAUUUGCUCAAGUCUAUGGUUUAUUUGCUAUACCAAGUAUUGAAGAGCAAGAACGUUUAACAAGAAUUUAUGCAGGAUCUAUUUUCGCAAUUGGUUUUGCUGGAGGUGUAGCCCUACUUCUUAGUAGCUUUGGAUUUGCUAAAUCAGGCGAAGCGUUAACUAUGCGUAUGCGAAAAUUAACAUUUUCUGCAAUUCUUCGACAAGAAAUGAAUUAUUUUGAUUAUGAGUCAAAUUCAGUUGGAGCUAUUAUUACACGUCUAUCCACUGAUGCAUCUGCUUUGAAGGGUAUGACUGGUGCCCGUAUUGGAAUCAUACUUCAAGCAUCAAGUACGAUUAUAACUGCUCUUGCUGUUUCAUUUUCAGCUAGUUGGAAAUUGGCACUUGUUGUCAUCUGUUUUAUUCCGUUAAUGAUGUUAAAUGGAGUACUUCAAGGUAACAAACAAGGUAAGGCUGGUCAAUCGAAAGAUAAAGAUUCAUUCGCUGAACAAGGCGGACAGUAUGCCACACAAGCUAUAGAACAUAUUCGCACAGUCGUGAGUCUUCAUCAAGAAAAUCAUUUUAUUAAUCUCUAUGAGAAUGCAUUUAACCAAGAAUUCAAGAAACAAAUGUGCCGUAUACAUCUAAUUGGGAUAGGAAAUGGAAUUGCUAAUUCAGUAUUUUAUUUUCUCCACAGUGCCAAUUUUUCAUAUGGUAGUAAACUUGUCGCAGACGGAGAAAUGCAAUUUAAUGGAGUAGUCAGAAUUUUUUCUGCUAUUACUUAUGCUAUGACGACUGUUGGUCGUUCAAUGUCUCUGAUUCCUGAUUAUUCGAAAGCAAAAAAAGCAGCAUUACGAAUCAUACGAAUUAAUGAACGAAAAUCACAAAUCAAUCCUCAUGAUGAAUCGGGCAUCAUUUUGAAUGAAGUUAUAGGUAAUAUUGAAUUUCAUGAUGUUCGCUUUCGAUAUUCAAGUCGACCCACUGUCCGUGUUCUCCGAGAUUUUUCAUUAAAAUGUUCAACCGGUGCUACAACAGCACUUGUUGGUCCAUCAGGUGGUGGGAAAUCAACAAUUGUUGCAUUAUUACAACGAUUCUAUGAUCCUUUGAAAGGAAAAAUUUUACUUGAUGGACAUGAUAUAAAAGUUCUUAAUCUUCGAUGGCUUCGAUCAUUUAUGGGUCUUGUUCAACAAGAACCAGUUCUUUUUAAUCUUUCUAUUCGUGAUAAUAUUGCUUAUGGGGAUAAUAGUCGGGAAGUAAAACAAGACGAAAUUCAAGUUGCAGCACGAAUGGCUAAUAUUCAUGAAUUAAUCAUUUCAUUACCAAAGGGUUAUGAAACAUUAUGUGGAGCGAAAGGUAGUCAAUUAUCAGGAGGACAAAAACAAAGGAUUGCUAUUGCUCGAGCAUUAAUUCGUUCACCAAAGAUUCUUCUUCUCGAUGAAGCCACAUCAGCAUUAGAUAAUAAGAGUGAAAAAAUUGUUCAAGCAGCAUUAGAUAAAGCAAGAUCUGGUCGAACAUGCUUGACUAUUGCUCAUCGAUUAUCAACAAUUCGAAAUUCAGAAACGAUUGCUGUUGUUGAUCGAGGCAAAAUGAAAGAAGAAGGUACACAUGAAGAAUUGUUGACAUUAAAUGGAGUUUAUGCUAAAUUAGCAUUGGCGCAAGAGAGAUCAUCUUAA